CUGACCGCCUUUCCGAGAAACUACGUUGCCCCCCUUCGGGUGACGCGAAUAUAAAUAAAGCCGGUAACAGCGCUGCUCCGCGUUCAGCCUCGCCCAGCUGAACCAGAGGGCAUCGUUGAUGCUGAUAACAGGAAGAUAUUUAUUCCAAGUUCCUGUGUGUGGAUACACGCCACCGCGUUCGUACCUGAAAAAAAAUCCACGCGACCACGGAGAGAAAGACAUCGCAAACUCCAAACACACAGCGGACUUCAGGGACGAGAUCGAACCCACGACCUACUGCAUACCAGGCGAGUGAACUACUCCGACAAUGGCGUCUGGCACCGAUCAUCUGGACGAACUUAAUAGAUUCUACAAAAAGAAAGUUGAAUUCCCACCUAAACAGCUCGAAGGCCACAUCAACACUGCUAAUCGAGAGGUGAGGAAACUCCUGCAAGAGAUGAGAAAACUUCAACAGCCAGGCUUGGAACCCGUCAUUGCAGAUGAAUUCAUUCCCACCGGCAGCUCUUACGAAGGACUCAAAGUUCGGGGAGAUAUGGAGCUGGAUUUUAUGAUUCCUCUCUUUCACCCUGAAUUCAACUUUGUCCCGAUCUCACAUGCCAGUGUACCAGGUGGCUAUCGCCAAUUAAAAGUCGAGCGACACAAACAAUUGCAAAGGCCCGAGAAAGUAUCAACACCACCAAGUCAAUUUGAAAAUAAAUUCACCGAAGGCGGAUACCUGAUCCCAUCAAAGGUAUAUCAUUGGUUUCAGUCAUUAGUAGACCAAGCAAUGAACAACAUACGAGAUCUGGUUAGAUUUGAUGUGAAGUUUACAGGCUACCAACCAGCCCGUACGCUCGUCAUAACUCUCAGCCCUGGCAAUGAAAUCUGCGUGGACCUGGUUCUUGCGGUCUACAUUGGGGAUGGUCUCUACGUGGUGGCCAAGCCUUUGAAGAUUGUCCCAGAACAGCUUCUCUGGAGGCUGUCGUUCUCGGUCUUCGAGAAAGACAUCCUGAAUCAGCUUCCGAGCUCUUCCUGCCACCUGAAGACCCUGAAGAUCCUCAAGUACCUGCGGGAGCACGACACUCGGCUGGAGGAGACGUCGCAGUUCGCGAGUGGAAUCUGCUCGUACCACCUGAAGACGGCCUUCCUCCACCUGCUCACGCACACGAACCCAACCCAGUGGGAAGACACCGCAACGAACCUGAAUGCCCGCCUUGACGAGCUCAUGGAUCUCCUGAUUCAGAGCAUGGGGAAAGGGGAGCUCAACCACUUCUUCCUGGGAAAUAAAUCGAGCCUGGCAAAGAAGGUGGGUGCGCGGAGCAUGAAGAGUGAGGGUGUUUUCAAUCUCUUUGACCCGAAAUUUAUUAAUGAAACCACCCUCAAUCAGGCCAAGGGGAGACUCGUCAUCAUUAAACACUCUCUGCCUGCCAUACUCAAAGAACAUUCAUCCAUUUGUGUAGCUAAACCAAGGCCCACUGAUCAAUGUAGUUCUUUUUCAUAAGUGGCCUGGCCACAAAUGAUAACUCAACGACGUGGUUCAUCAUGUGCAAAUUUAUAGCAGCCAAAUACUCUAAACGUAUGUUGAUUCUAAAAACCACGCGACCACAGGGAGAACAUGUGUAGUGGUGACUUAACUCGGAGACGCUAAGAGUUGGAGGCCCUUCUUUUAUUUAACCAAGCACCCUCGGCACAAUACACAGCCUACGCUGGUAGACACUCUUCUGUCGCUCGCUUAUACACAACUGUACGUGGGUUGCGACGAUCUUCAACAACACAACGGGGCUCCCACUACAAACGACAGCCCCGAGCUCUCGCUAAGGGCCCCCUUUUAUGCUCCCGGCAUGGCCUCGCUCCGCCCCGGCCACGUCCCCUCUCUAGAACCUACUAACAGGUUCAUUGGCUUCCCCCACGUGCCCCUUCUGUAAUAUUUACCCCAAAUAUCCCCUCUGGUGUGUCACGUGGCCUGCUGACGUCAGGGCUGCUGUAAGCCGCAGAUCCCCUUCCCCGCCAGCAGCCAGCGCUAUGCUGUUACAAUACUUAUUCUAUGCCACUACACAUGUCAACUUCCAAAUAUACGAUCUCCUGUAUACCAGGCGAGGGAGUAUGUUGGCGAGUGGAUUUACUCUCCAACGUACGGGUCGGCUGAAGUAGUAACUAAUUUGGUCUUGUUUACGGGACAGAUCCGAAUUAUGAAAAAUUAUUUAAAAUAUAUAGAUUUGAUAUGAUUACACGUGAAAAAUAAUAUCUUCUAAACGACCGCCUGCAUUGCGUUGCCAAAUCCGUGCUCUUUCACCAGCAUUUUCCGUCACUCUCCUCAAAACUUGUGGCGAAGUCGGAGAUCGACCCGGUUCGAGGUCUGCCAACAACGCUUUGUGUCCGCCGUUGUUUCUGAUUCCCAAAAUCGGGACAUCAACGCCUGAAAACGGUGCGGAGUUGGGAGCCGUUCCGCUCUUCGAAUAUCUAUGAUAGUCUCUCCGUGUUGAAAUAAUUGAAGAAAAAGAAUCUGAAAAUAAAUUUCAACUGUUAUUGCACGCUGCUGAGGUGUAUAACCGAUGCCUCAUAAACUCCCAGGCUUCUACUUUAUUUCUGCAAAAAAAAAUAGUUUAACACAAAAUACCGCUUUUUCAAAGCAGGAAGUUGCUUAUGGACAACCCUAUAGAAAUGCCACGAAGAUUUGGUUAAAUAAAUCCGUGAUAAUAAGAAUGUUUAACAUUGGGUUCGCAACUGAUUUUGGGAUUUGGUGAUUGCUUACAGAAAUAAAAACGUUAUUCCAAA